UGGGGGUGUUUUGUAGAAACAAGUCACAACUUUGUUGAUACUCGGCGGCAACGGUGCUCUUCGGAGUGCUUUGCUCCAGCUUUUAUCAGUUUCUCUGCCUGAAUUUACGCGGUGCAGCUGCGCCCAGUGACACCAUGGAUCACGAGAACCAUGAUGACUACGACGAGAGCUUCACCGCCGAAGAGGAGGAGCGGAAGAACUUCCAAGGCGUGAUUGCAGCCUUCCUGAACUACAAGGUGAAUAGCCUGCAGAAGAUCAAUUCCACCGAGGUGUACUUGAGCAGAUUACCGCCUCAUCACCAGACAAUGCUGAAGAAGUACUCGCAGAACCUGAGGAGCAUCCGUGAGUGCAUCGAGAGGAACUACAAAGUCAUUCGACAGCUCCUCGUGGACGUGAAUAAGAUCUUCGAGCAACCCAGUGAUGUUCCACUCACGACUGGCGAUCACAAUCAUCACGAUCCGCCGCCGGUGGAGCUCCAUAAGUCGCUCAAGGUGGAAAUCACGCUGAAGCUCUUCGCGCGUGACUGGAGUUCGGAGGGCGUUGAGGAGCGCGAGCAGUGCUACACGCCGAUCAUCGAUGCCAUCGUGGAGGCUUUCAACCCCAAAGAAGUUGACGUCGGCAAUGUGCGCGUUCUCGUGCCCGGAGCCGGAUUGGGCAGAUUAGCGUACGAGCUGGCCUACAGAGGCUACUUUUGCGAGGGCAAUGAGUUCUCCUACUUCAUGCUCAUCGCCUCGAAUUUCAUUCUGAACAGAUGUACCUAUGCCGAUCAGUACGAAUUGCACCCCUGGAUUCACCAGUACGUCAACAAUUCGCGACGCGAUGAUCAGAUAAGGGCUGUGCGCUUUCCGGACGUGAGUCCCAUUCAGGCGCCGCCCAGUGGGACGUUCAAUAUGGUGGCCGGGGACUUCCUGCAAGUGUACAACGAUUGGAAUGCGUGGGAUUGCGUCGCCACGUGCUUCUUCAUCGACUGUGCCAACAAUGUGGUGGAGUUUGUGGAGAGAAUUUACAGAAUUCUGCGGCCAGAGGGGAUCUGGGUGAAUUUGGGGCCCCUGCUGUAUCACUACAGUGAUAUACUCAACGAGGGGAGCAUCGAGCCGACGUACGAGGACCUCCAGUCGGUGAUUGAGACGGUGGGCUUUAAGUUUCUCAGGAAUGAAACGGGAGUGCGCACAAAGUACAGCCAAAACCCGCGAUCUAUGCAGCAAAGCGAAUACCUCAGUGUCUUCUUCGUGUGCCAGAAGCCGCGCGAAAGCAACUCAGAUGAGCCGGAGGAGAGUGAAGGACAGCAGUGA